AUGGAUGGCUAUAGGCUGUUUCGUAAAGACAGGCAGGGAAGAAGAGGCAGAGUCAUCAUGCUCUAUGUUAAGGAGAACCUUGAAUGUAUAGAAGUCAACCACGGUGAUUGUGGAAGCCUUAUCGAAUGCCUCUGGGUCAAUAACAGAGAGGUUGUCUCCAAGGGGGAUCUUACAGUAGGCAUCUGCUACCGACCUCCAAACCAAGAUGAUAAGGCCAAAGAAGCAAUAUUUGGGUCACUUAAGCAAGCUUUGGGUCAAGAAAACCUGGUUCUUAUGGGUGACUUCAACUACCCAGACAUUUGUUGGAAGAACAAUACAGCAGCUCACGUCAUCCAUCAAGUUCCUGGAAUGCGUAGAAGACUCUUUCCUCAUACAGAUGUGCCAACCAGGACUGAGGGACUGCUGGACUUGCUAUUCACAAACCAAGAAAACCUGCUUUGUAAUAUCUCGGUUAGUGAUAGCCUUGGCUGCAGUGAUCACAAUACUGUGGAGUUUUCCCUAACCUUCCCAGUGCUCCUGCUGAGCACACUGAAGGUUAGUACUAAGACAAAGGUUUUAGAUUUUAGAAGAACAAACUUCAGCUCACUCAGAGCUCAAUUCAGAGGGAUUUCAUGGGAAGCUUCCAUGGAGGAUAAAGGAGCUAGCGAGCGCUGGGAGUUUUUCAAGAAUGCUCUCCUGGAAGCACAAAAACAGCUCCUCCCCUUUAAAGGUAAGGGAAGUAGGCAGAGUAAGAGAUCCCCUUGGCUUAACUGUGAGCUUCUGAGUCUGCUCAAAACCAAAGGAGAAGCGUACCAGAGAUGGAAAAGCAGACGAAUACCUGUUGAGAACUACAAGGGCAUUGCCAGGGCAUGCAGAGAUGCAGUUAGAAAAGCAAAAGCUCAGCUCAAAUUGAAAUUGGCCAGAGAUGUCAAAAACUACAAGAAAGGGUUAUUCAGGUAUGUAAACAACAAGCAGAAACAGAAGGAAAAUAUUGGCCCACUGUUAAACAGGAGAGGUGAAUUAGUCACCAACAACGCUGAAAAAGCAGAGGUUCUUAACACUUUCUUCACCUCUGUCUUUACCAGCACUGUUGGGCCCCAGGCCUUGGGAACAAAAAUCCAGGUUGAUGCAAACACAGACCCACCAUCAGUGAAGGAAGAGUUGGUAUGUGAACUAUUACAGGAACUUGACCCCUACAAAUCGAUGGGCCCUGACAAUAUCCACCCAAGGGUGUUAAGAGAGCUGGCUGAUGUUGUGAGGCUGCUCUCCAUAAUCUUUGAGAAGUUGUGGAGAUCGGGGGACAUCCCAGAAGACUGGAAGAAAGCUAAUGUCAUCCCUACCUACAAGAAGGGCUUAAAGGAGGAUCCAGGUAAUUAUAGGCCCAUCAGUCUUACUUCAGUCCCUUGGAACGUUAUGGAACAAAUCCUUCUGGGGGCUGUCACAAGUCAAAUGAAGCAUGUGAUUGGGAAAAGCCAGCACAGAUUCACCAAGGGCAAAUCAUGCUUGACAGACCUGAUCACCUUCUACAACAAAGUAACCUGCUCGGUUGAUGUGGGACGAGCGGUGGACAUCGUCUACCUGGAUUUCUCCAAGGCUUUCGAUACGUUUUCCCACAGCCUCCUCCUGGAGAAACUGGUGCAUUACAGUCUAGAUAAGUGGUCCGUGCAGUGGGUGGGGAACUGGCCAACAGGCCACACCCGGAGGGUGGUGGUAAAUAGCUCCUUUUCAAACUGGCAACCUGUCACAAGUGGGGUCCCCCAGGGAUCAAUAUUGGGCCCAACGCUGUUUAAUAUCUUC